AUGGUGUAUGUGCUAUGGCUUUUGCUUCCUACCAUUGUGUUCGCUUUAUCCAAAUCAAAAACUAGCCAUCCAUGUUUGGACUCAAUCCAGUCAGCUCGAAAAGUACUGAGAGAAGUAAAACAUUUAGUUGAUCCUGAAGGACCAAAUGUGCGUGAUAAGUAUGUCAAUGAAAUGGCGAAUUCAUUUGAUAAAGCAAAAGAAAUACAUGACGAGAUUAACGCUUAUUUCAAUCGUAGAUCUGUUGGUGGUAAAGCGGAAUGUAUCAGCGUUGCAGACCAAUUAACUACAGAAUUACCACAACUGAUGGCAUUGCUGAAAAAACUAAUUCGUUUGCAUGAAAACAAUGAUGGCACCGUGGCGGAUGAGUUGUGGAAUGCUUAUUAUAAACUUUCGAGGGCAAAUUCACUACUUGGAGGUCAAGUACCAAGUCCAGGUGUGAAAGUUAUCAAAAGCCAGCAAUGUUUCAGUGCAGUAGAAAGUUUGAAAAAAGCGCUUGAACAGUUGAAAAAUACAAGCGUACAAGAAGAGAAGAAACUGAUAGCUGAGGGUUGCGAUGAUCCUUUGAAGUUGAUAGAUUCACGCCUUCUCCAGCUUUCAAAAAUCACUGACCUAGUUCGUAGAAUACAAACUCGAUCAGGAGAUGAUGAUUUAGCAAAAUAUGCCUGUAAGAAAAAUUUAAGCAAAAUUCUCCGCAUUUUGCGAAAAAUUGAAAAUAUUUUCAAGAAGUCCAAUUAUGACACGGAUAGAGAAAAUGAGGAUAAAUGUAUUGGCGUGAUCGAGCCGCUAUUUACAUCAGUUUCUAAUGAAUUGCAAGCUCCUUAA